UGGAAACAGGUUGGUUGUGUGGAAUGAGAAUGAGAAUGGAGUGCCACCUUGUUCCCCUUCGUACAUUAAAUUGGUCUCGAUAGGCAGUUGGUAGUGGUGUGUAUGUGAGUGGACGUUUGCUGCUAGCUGCGUUAGCAUUAGCCAGCCGCCUGCGCUUCGUAAGUACGUCAAAAACCAUUUUUUCCCUCCCUCUUACAUGAAAUUUGGUCUCGAUAGUCAGUUGGUAGCCGUGUGUGUUUCAUGGUAACAUUUGAAUGUGUGGGUUUUGCGUUAUUUUGAAGCGUGGUUUGCCCAACUAAAGUUAACGUUAGCCCAUAAGUUGGAUGCGCGCGCUUGUGUGUGUGUAAAUUAGCCACAUGUGUGUAUUGUUAUAGCUCGCUGUGUUACGUUAGCAUGCAACUGAACAUGGUAAUAAUUAAAAGGGGUGAUAGUUAAGUAGAAUCAGAUUUCAUUGCAUUUUUGUAAAAAAUGAAACUACUGUCCUACUUUUGCUUCGAGGGAAAACUGCCAGCUGGAUACCUGAGCUUGGACUCUAUGAACUUGAUGAAAAUGCUUCUGACCUGUUCAGUUGCCAUGAUUUGAACAAACUUGAUGAUUAUCAUCCACUUUAUUCUUACCAGAGAGGUACUCGGUGGCUCAUUCCUCUUAAACACACACCAACAUGGAACUUGUGAAAAACUAUGUCAAGAAAGCAAUGCCAUCGCUCAGUAGCGAUCAGAUGGAUACACUCAUGGCUAAACUGGAGGAAUUAGGAGUUCUCUCUGUAGAUGACCUGAGCCUUGUGGACCCGGAGGACAUUAAAGACACUCUGCCAUUCAUUCAGUGCAAAAGAUUCGUCAGAGCUGUCAAAGCAUUGGAAGCAGAUUCACAAACUCCACCGCGGUUCACCCGGCCUGGCCCCUCAUCAACACCUGAACCACAGAGGUUUCAGCUGCCCUCAACACCACCUGAGACAACCGACUCCCCAUCCCAAGACACAUAUUCUGUACCAUGGCAUAAAUUUCCCUCAAAAGUCAUGGAUGAGUUGCGUGAAAAAAAGUACAUAAUGGGGAAAGACAGACGAGAGAUGGUUCGGAUCGUCGCUGAAGAUUACCUCCAUAAACACCCAGGAAGACCUGGUAGACAAAAGCUGAGGGAACUUGCCAGUAUGAUUGUAGGACAAUAUCCUGCCUCCUUCAAGCUGACAGAGCCGUUUGGAAACAAACCUUUUGCAAAAGAUGGUUCUGAAACUCUCUUUCGUCAGCUGGAACACAGAAUUGAAAAUAUGAAGAGGCCACAAAGCUCACUGAAGAGGCAAGCAGGGGGUGAAAAUUCAACAAAGAAAAGGCCCAGGAAUUCAGAUCUGUAUGGAUGUGUGGCGUGGGAUCCAAUCAUUGAGGGGGCCGUGUGUAGAGAAGACCUGCUGUCUAAACGAGAUGAGUUGAAACGUGCCUUUCAAACCCAGGAUCUUCAGGAGUCAUCUGUUCGAAAAUUGAUGACUGAAACAUAUCCCAUUCAGCGUGAAAUCCUCAACGAUGAUGAUACCACUAUUGCCGUUGUAAAGGACGAGUGGCCGUUCCUGUUUGAAGUUCCUCACCUGUUUGAUCAUGCAUCUAAACUCCUUGGCUUCUCUGUACAAAACAAGCUGGCACAGGAACUUUCCAAAAAAGAAAAGGGGAUCAAUGACUUCCUUGACUCCAAAGGGAUGAAGACGGGCGAAGGUCCAAUACAGCUCAUCUGUGGCAUUUCAAAAUACUUCAAGGAAGACUCUUAUAAACUCUUCCACAAAAAAGAGAUCUCUGCAGAUCCUGAAGUCGAACUCCCAGUGACCCCAUGCAUCCUAAUCAGAGGUGACCAGCAAUUCAAGAUUGCUGUUGAUGGGUCAAUGACCACAUCACCUCUCCCAUUGUGGCCUUGAGCUACGUCUUCUCCAUGUUUUAUGUCUGCAACGUCCAAUACCCACCGGAGAUGGCUUUUACUCUCGAAUUCAUGCAAAGAGUUUUCUUUGGGGUCAAUCCUGAGCGAGGCUCCAAGGCAGAGAAGAAGGGGAAGAAACGGCACUUCAUUCCUCCACAGGUGUGCAAGCUGGUUUCUCAGCUGAAGGAAUUUGAAUGCAAGCAGAAGGAAUCUGAAUGGGCCAUUUGAGCUGUUCUCAGAGCUCAGAAAAUACCUUUUUGGACUGAAUGUACACACACACACACACACACACACACACACACACACAAAGGCAAAUCCAAAAACAUGGGGCUUGGGAGUAGAAAUACAGAUUUUUACAGUAUUAGGUGAGUUCAGAUGUUUUAACUAGAUGCCCACAACACACAUGCUGCAGUUUCAAAUCCCCCAUGUUAAGGGGGAGGGAAGGUGGGCGAUAUUUGUCAUUCCGGUUAAGCUUUUCCUGUCAUUGUGGAGUUGGAGGUGUAAGUUUUAAUUUUUUUUGUAGUUUUAAGUUGUUUUAAGAGUUUUAAAAAUCUCUUUAUGGCAUGUUGCACAGUCAUCCUUCUAAGGUCAUGGUUGUUAUUGCUGCACUGAUGUUUUAUAGAAAAGUUGUAUAAUGUAAUACUUCUAAUGUUCUAUUUGUUUUUUGUAGAAAGGUCAGCCACUGGUUGCAGAGCUCUGCCUGUCGGUGUGAUAUGUGGAGUUGGAGGUGUAGGUUUCUGCAUCCUCCUGGAGGGGGCUCCUCAUUUUGCACUGACAGGUGAGACAGCAACAGCAAUGCUGGCAGUUUUAUUGUCUUAUUUUGUCAUUGUCUUUAACAAAUCAAUUUGUUAUUAAUGCCUGUCAGCCUGUGGAUGCUAAAAAGUUGCUAGAUUUGGCAUCUCCCUGUUAAAGGACAUGGCUGUACUUCUUUGAGAGAACAGCUGGUUUAUGUAUGUAAAAUUUCUCUGAAUGUGAAGGUGAUGUUCUGAAUGUUUUAAUGGUUGUAAUGUAAAUAUUGCAAAUCAUUCACCACAAAAAGUGAAAUCACUUUAAAGCACUGGCAGCUGUUAAAGGAAAUAAAUAAUUGCUGUGAUUCUA